UGGCUGCAGUACGCCGAUUUUAUGAGCGACUUUAUGACAGGCAAAUAAAUUAAAGCCAAAUGAUUAUAGCGUUUUCCAGAAAUAUAUACAAAUGCUGGUAAGCUUUUUAACAGCUUUAAUAAUCGCUGAUUAGACACUUCCAGGGUAGUGGCUCAAGGCAAUUUUCACAAAGAUAAUUCAGUCCUGUUAAUGAGUAUGCAGUCUGAAUCGUAAUGCACGCUGUAGUGUCUACACGUACACGUAGUAUCUACUCCAAGUGUCUUCAGUCAGACGAUUUGUCUGAAGACACGCGCAUAACGUCAGCGUUUCCAGCGACCGGUAUAAGCCAUGGACACCUGUCGCCAUUUUGUGCCGGCAAUGAUAACGUUAGCGCUGUUUCUCGGCACAUCCUUGGCGAUCGACCGUGAGGAUGGUGCAGACGGCCACAUGACAACCGAACACGUGCCGUUCCUCAGAUUUUCGGCUGAACCCAUGACACUUGACCAAUGCAAAGUGCAGUUUACCGACAACUGCGAAGCACCACUUGCCACUGUCGGUGAUUGCCCAUUCAGCGAAGGUCUGCAAAUCUGCUGUAACAAUAACGCUUCUGCCACAGAAAUCCAACAAAUGGCGACGGCCAUGUCGCAACCGCCACUUAAAGCUAUCUUUGUCGCUCUGUACGACGGUAGCCUGAUCAACAGUGAGAAUUUUGCGGCCAUUCGGAAUCAGAUCGUAAUACUCCAGCUUUUUAAUUGCACGUCCGAGCGAGCACCGGGAAAGCUACCAUCAUUACGCUUUGUUAAUUUGUUGGAAUUUGGAUUAUUUAACUGUUACGAACUGAGCAUCAAAAGGUCAGAUUUCUGGCAGUCCAUGCAGCUGCGAGUGAUCGAGUUUGUCAAUUCAACUGUCGCAGUACUGGAAAGAAACACGUUUGCCGAUUUGCCGGCUUUGAGGAUGCUUUCGCUGGAGAGUCAUCUGGAUAGGAUGGGGGUGUUCCCUGAACCGAUGCGGAAACAUUUGGAGAGGUUACACUGCGGCUGCGAAUUUGCAUGGUUCCGGCAGUGGUGGAGCGGUAAUAAAAACCUGUUACCCAAAGCUGGCGAUGGCGAGAUUUACAAUAUCGGAUGGGAAUCCUGGCGUAAUGAGCCGCGGAAUAAAAUUGGCAUUUAUCUGCCUAUCGACUGUGCAGCUGACCCCUUCCCAAUGGGAAACGCGUCAGUUAAUUUCAUACAGGAGCGGUUCUCCAUCAACGAAGACCUCUAUCCAAACAAAGCACACCAAAACUGUACCUCAAAAGAUAUGGAUUCAGAUGAUUCGUUUCCUGAUUUUGCCACUGAGCCGAUGAAUUCCGUAAAAGCCGCCGUACGACUUCUUGGCUUGUGUGAUCCAGCCUGGCACGCAGAAUCCUUGAACAACACCCAAUAUUCAUACGUGAUGUUAGACACUUGUAACAACAGCGAAACUAUGUUUCAUCAGUUGCGCCAACAGGCACUCCAAAUUGGCAAGUUACGUCCACGGCCGAUAGAAAUUCAGUUCAAGGAAACUACGCCCCUAACUUUCGAACAUAUAUCGCCCAUCCGCCGGGAAAUCGUGAUGUACUUGCUGCUGGAGUGCGUAACCCCGAGAGCCACUAGAAUUCUUGCAACCUACCGUUUGACGAAUUUGCUGCAGUACGAUGUUUUUGGUGGCACUGAUCUGGACGUGAAAACGAGCGACUUUCAGUAUUCACAGAGACUGCGAAUGGUUUCUUUCUUUCAAUCGACAAUUCGAACUCUGGAGGAAGGAUCAUUCACCAAUCUGCCGGCUUUAAAAGUGCUGACCUUAGAAGGCCUGCUAAACAUGACAGAGCUCGGGCAAGCAUACGAUCAAGCCAUGCAGGAUUAUUUGCGAAGAUUGCACUGCAGCUGCAAAUUCGCAUGGUAUAGACGCUGGCGAAUGAACAAUAUGUCACUGCUGCCAUCGACGGCAAACGACAGUAGUGUCACCACUAUUUACCGCCUUCCUGGUAUCUACAAUGGUUUUACGAAGAAUCAAGCACAUAAGUACGUACGGUUUUACGAAGAAUCAAGCACAUAAGUUGCGCCACUGCUAUUCCUUCCGGACCGGGUCAAAUCAAUGUUAAGCAAGUCAAAUAUUCGUUGAAUGCUGAGACUUGCUAAAGGACAAAGCUGCUGCGACGUCUGCUGAUGUUGAAUGUUGUAGACUGCUCCGUCUGCAGUCUACCUGUUGUGCUUUACAUUACGUGUUAUGAACCUGCUGCAUAGUAAUGGUCAAAAUGCUUGAAUACGUUAGGUUUGUUAAUAAUGGCUUGACGAAUUGUGUAGGGGCUUCGGUAGAAAAACUGCACAUGAAAUUGUAAUAAA